UUGGCCAGUGACCAGAACGACCGAUUCCACCGUUUAUUUCUGCUCUUCUCAACGCAAUCCCUCUAUUUUCUUGUCCUUCCGCGCCGGUUCAUCAAAAAGACCACGUCUCACUACCUUCUUGUGAACGACUCUCCUUCUUGUAAUAGUCCUCCUCAUAUUGCUUCUGCAGCCAAUCAAGGACUAAAACAGACCGUUGAUUCGGAUCAUUCGACUUUGCAGCCAAACACGUUGUUGGUUGAGUCGGAUACUCGAUCCCUAGGGAGACCAGCCCUGACUUUCAAGUCCUUUUUUGGAAGGCGAUCAUCAUGGCGAAGAACAUUGUUCGCUUCCAAGAAAGUUAGAAGCGUUAUUUUGCUCAAUGUCAUCACUAUUGUCUACGCUAGUAACAUCCCAGUUGUGAAAGAGGUUGAAGCAAUUAUGGACCCAGCAGCUUUCACGGCCGUGCGAUUUAUGAUGUCUGCCAUCCCAUUCAUCCCAUUGGUAUUGCGAGCAAGGGGUGAUGUUUGCACCCGUAAUGCAGGGAUAGAGUUGGGUUUCUGGGUCAGUCUGGGGUACCUGAUGCAGGCCCUAGGCUUGCUAACAUCUGAUUCUGGGCGUGCGUCGUUUCUAUCUAUGUUCACUGUUAUUUUGGUUCCCUUGCUUGAUGGUAUGUUGGGAGCAAAAGUUCCUGCCCUUACCUGGUUUGGAGCUCUCAUGUCCAUCUUAGGUGUUGCAAUGCUGGAAUCCAGCGGAUCACCUCCAUCUGUGGGUGAUCUGUUCAACUUCUUAAGUGCGGUUUUCUUUGGUGUCCAUAUGCUAAGGACCGAACAUAUUUCAAGAAACACAAAGAAAGAGAAAUUUUUAGCUCUUAUUGGAUAUGAGGUAUUUAUUGUUGCUCUAUCAUCGACAUUAUGGUAUGUUCUUGGAGGAUGCUUUGGUGGCAUCCAAGAAUGCAGGCCAUCAUCAUGGACAUGGGCAAUGCUUUGGAAUUGGAUGGUUACAUUUCCAUGGAUACCUGCAGUUUACACAGGUGUUUUUUCAACUGGGUUAUGCUUAUGGGUAGAGGUGGCUGCAAUGCGUGAAGUAUCAGCUACCGAAACUGCAAUAAUUUAUGGUUUGGAGCCUGUCUGGGGUGCUGGGUUUGCAUGGUUUCUACUUGGUGAAAGGUGGGGUCCUGCUGGUUGGAUUGGUGCUGCUUUUGUGCUAGGUGGGAGCUUAACUGUCCAGAUGUUUGGGUCUUCACCCAGAAAAUCCAGUGAUGAAGAAAGAAGUGAGAAUGGUGAUCAACUAUAUAUUUCAGAUAAGAAAAAUUUUCUUUCUGCCUCUCCAGUCAUUGUCGGUUCAAGAAAAGAUGUUCCUGGUCAUCUAAAGAAGCCUAAUCACUUGUAACAUAUUAAUCUACUCAUACCAUUCCCUUAAAAAUGUGUUCUAUAGGUUUUCUCGUAAUUAUGUCAUUCAUAUGGCAUUCCAAUUUUCAAUACCUGCUGGAGGCCUGAAAACUUUUAGCCUCAAUGUAUACAAAUGUAAAAGUACACGUUUAUACUCUCUGUAUGAGUAGAAAACUAAUCUCAAUAUUAUUUUU